AUGGAUAACGCCUCCUCAUCCUACAAACUCCCACGGAAGUACGAUGUCAUCAUCAACUUCACUGGAGAAGACAUCCACACAAAAUUUAUUUCUCAUCUCAAUUCUGCCCUCUCUACUGUUGGUCUCACCACUUUCCUUCAUCACCCCAAUGCACUUCUACAAAUCAUCAAAUGGCACCAAACUUAUUGCCGACAUGUUCUGCCUGUAUAUUAUGAAAUCCAGCCAUCUGAUGUACGUCUUCAGAAGGGUGACUUUGGAAAAGCCUUGAAGGCAACUGCUGAACAAACAUUUUCAGGAGAAGAAUUGAAGCAUGGAAUGUCCAGGUGGAGGCAUGCACUCACCAAAGUUGCAAAUUUGUUUGGAUGGGAUGAGAGCAAUCACAGGAGUGAUGCUGAAUUAGUGGACAAAAUUGUUAAGAGCGUUGUUAAUUUACCGGCCUUGUCUGCUACUAAAUAUCAACACGGAUCUGGUAAAACAACUCUUGCCAAAGCGAUCUACAAUCAAAUUCAUUGGACGUUCAAGGACAAAAGUUUCAUUGAAAAUAUUUCACGUGUUAGCGAAAUAAGAGGGCUUCUUCGUUUACAAGAACAACUUCUUUUAGAUGUCCUAAAACAAAAAGUGGAGAUUCCUAGUGUUGAUGUGGGAAGAACUAUGAUUCGGGAAAGACUUUUAGGAAAAAGGGUUCUCAUUGUACUUGACGAUUUUAGCGAUUUUUACUCUGAAAAUUUAUUCGACCUAAGGGAUUGUCUUAAAUUGUUAUUUGAAGGAACUGUUAUAAUCGUUACAUCAACAUAUGGAACACGGUUGAUAGAUCAAGCUGAUUCUGUCUUUCGGGUAGAGCGAAUGAACGAAGAGGAAUCCCUUGAGCUUCUUAGUUGGCACGCAUUUAGAAAACCAAAACUAAAAGAAGAAUACAAAGACCUUGCAAGAAGUGUAGUUAUUUAUUGUGGAGGACUACCUCUAGCUCUUGAAGUCGUUGGAAGUACUUUAUUUGAAAAGACCAAAGAAGAAUGGAAGAGUUUAUUGUUUAAAUAUCCGAUAAUUGGCUGGCAUCGUGUUUCAGAGAUAAUAAAAGUAAGCAUCGAAGGUUCACUGAAUGAAAUGGAAAAAGAUAUAUUCCUUGAUAUAUGUUGUUUCUUUGUUGGUAAGAGCAUAGCCUAUGUUAGGAAGAUCCUAAAUGGUUGUGAAGUAGACGUUGUUAUUGGAAUAAGAGUUCUCAUCCAGCGUAACCUCAUCAAAAUUGACAACAACAACAAAUUUGAAAUGCAUCCUUUGCUACAAGAAAUCAGACUACAAAUUAUCGGUGAUAAAUUUGCAGGGGAUUUUGAGAAGAACAGGCUACCGUGGAAAUAUGAGACAGAAGAAGCCCUGCAGUUGUUGCCUUCGAAACUGCUCACUGCCAUCGGAAGUGUACAGCCGACUGUAAAUUCUCAGUACCUUGUUGAGAAACUAAGAUGGAUCAGUUUCCAUGGUUUUUCUUCAGAAUGUCUACCUAACAACUUUGAUUAUGAUCCAAUAGCAAUUGAGUUAAAACGCAGUCUUCUUCGAUUUCUCUGGAAAACACCCCAGGUUUUGAGAUCGCUAAAAAUUCUUAACCUCAGUCACUCCAAGCAUUUAACUACAACUCCUGACUUUACCGGAUUACCAAGUCUUGUACACCUCAUUUUCAAAUAUUGUUCAAGAUUGCGCAAAGUACACCAAUCUAUUGGAUCACUCAACAGUCUUAUACUUCUAAAUUUGAAAGACUGUACAAGUCUAAGCAAUCUUCCAAGAGAGAUGUAUGAGUUGAAAUCUUUAAGAACUCUCAUUCUCUCUGGUUGUUCAAAGAUUGACUUAAUGGAAAAUGAUAUGGUGCAGAUGGAAUCCUUGAUAACUCUAAUUGCUGAAAACAAAGCUGUGAAAGAAGUGCGUUUUUCAAUUGUAAGCUCAAAAAGCAUUGGAUAUAUAUCUCUACCUGGAUUUGAGGGAUUAUCUCAUAAUCUUUUUCCUUCUAUCAUUCGGUCUUGGAUGUCCCCAAUAAUGAAUCCCAUCUCUUAUAUUCAUUCGCUUUGCAUGGAUACUGAGGAUAAUACGAUUGAUAUUGCACCAUUGCUUAGCACCCUUUCAAAUAUUCGAAUUCGGAAAGCUCUUUAUGGUCUCAAAUAG